UUGUCACGCAACAAAGACUGAAACUGGAAGCAAUAAAGUGCCAGUAUUCAGAGUGGCAGUUUGCGGUGGGGUUCGGCAGCUCGGCGGAGAGGAACCUCUUCCCACACUUGUUUACUGGUAG